ACAAAAGCUGGUAAAAAAGGAGGGGAAGUGGGGGAAAGGCAGAUUUAGUGAGAGGAAGUGGAGUUGCUGUGUCUUUAAACAAAGGCCCGGCCCUCUAGCUUGUCACUGGUCGGCUGUAACCAGGAAGUUUGAAGUGACUGUUACAGAACUACAAAAGGAACAGCAUGGCAGUAUAUAAAUCAUAUAUUAUAAAUGCAAUAUCCCUGUGCAUGACGUGCACUGUCUAACAGGCUCAGUGCAGUUUUCUUUCCAUUAGGGGGGAAAUACUAGCAGUUAGCAGAACAAAGGAAUCCCUGACCUUGCAAGUCCACUACAACGUGCACCAGUGAGUACUGACCAUUACCUCCUCUGCGCUGGGCGAGCUGUGACAUGCCCGUGUUGCCAAGUUCUGACAAUGCGAGAUGGAGCGUAUUCUGGAUCCCCUCUGGGAGGAAACCAAUGCAGAGGAACCAGCCCCUUACCUACAGCAUCUCGCAGACAACAGGAUCACUCUUGAUGUUGUCCCAAAUGGGUGCAGAUUUUUUCUGCAGCUGACUAACGAUCCAAGAUGCCACCUUGAACUGGUUGAAUUUCUAAGACUCAACACCAAUGACGUGCUCAUCCCCCAAGCACUGAAUGUCCUUCCCAGAUAUACUGGACUGAAAUCCCUGGUUCUGAAAGGUGGACAUGAUUUUGAUGAAAAUGGUAAAACAAAGAGUGGCCUCCUGAGUUCCCUACCUUCAGAGCUCUGCAGCCUUUCCAACUUGCAGCACCUUGAUCUCAGCUUCAACAGCCUCACAGAGCUGCCCCUCUGUGUCACAUCUCUCUCCUGUCUCAGUUCUCUCCUCCUCUGUUAUAAUCAGAUUAGAACACUACCAGAUACCAUUAGCAAUCUGAGGAAUUUGGAACUAUUGUCCAUCAUGUCCAACCAGCUAGCAGUCCUUCCAGGAGAAAUAGGACAGUUAGGGAAGCUCAAGACACUGGACCUAUCAGAAAACAAGCUGGCAUGCCUUCCAGAAGAUAUUGCUGGACUACAGGAAUGCACUGAGCUAGACCUGUCUGGGAACUGCCUCACAGAACUACCUGAAACAAUGUGUCAACUGGUGUCCCUCCAACAACUUCACCUCCAUAGUAAUUUGCUUGUAAGUGUUCCUGUCGGUCUAGCAGUUCUACCAUCCCUUAAAUGCCUAGACCUAAAAAACAACCAACUGCGAUAUGUUCCAGAAGAAAUCAUGAAUUGCCCCUGUGUACGGCUCCAGGGAAAUCCUAUUGGGGUUGCUGAGCCAACCCCUUCAACCGAUGAUCACGUUCCUGUUUUAAAGUCAAAGGAAAUCUACCUCAGCUCUGAAGAUAAAAGCUUUCUAGUGACACCGGAUGGAGGCAGAGUGUUUCUGCCAUUGGGCCCCCAGUUUUGUUUUCCUCUUGGAGCAGUCUCUUCUAAUGUCACCAUCUACUUUCGAAUUCUUCCACCUGACCAGGAGCAUGUGAAACUGGGACACCAUGAUGUGCUUCUCAGUUACACUUUGGAGUUACAGCCCCAUGAUAUCCAGUUUAACCAGGAUGUGGAGAUCUGCAUCCCCUAUUUUGUGAAGCGGUCUAUGCGGAAGAGAAAGGUAGGGAAGAUAAUAGCAGACAUUGUAGCAGAGCAGGACUCACUGGACGUACCUAACAUUUUGGUAACCCCUAGAACCCUGCGGAAAAGAGAAGUAGUGAUCAGGACUUACAGUGGAGAAAACUGGACUGACUUGGCCACCACUAUCUGCACAAAGCGAAACUUGGCCAUCUGCAGAGUCCCUCACUUCUCCUGGUUCUUCGUGGUGUCACGUUUAGUGAAAGAUCAAUGUCAAGUGCCAAAAGACGGAGAGGUCUUGUUUUCUAGUGUAGACCAGAACAUUCGUAUUGAUUUUCCUCCUGGUGCCACUGAAGAGACUAGAACUAUCAGCAUGCAGGUUUUGCCAGUGAGCACUGCAGAUUUGCAAAGAAUCACUGGAGAUUCCCAGUCUACAACCAGCCCUCUCCUGUGUCUGUCACAGAGCUCAUCUGAUAACUUCCUCUGUCCUGUUAAAAUCCAACUGCCGCUUCCAACUGGGGUUACAGGCGAUACACUUGAUCGCUCCCGACUAGUCCUUUUACAUGGAGACCCCCAGGCCCAAAACUGGACGGAUAUCACAAGUCAGGUGGUAUUUGAAAUCACUCAUAUUUAUGCACGGUUCCAAGUGGAUCAUUUCUCCUGGUACUGGCUGUGGUACACUACCAAAACUUACAUUGGUGAGAUGGCCAAAAAUGUAUACACUCGCCUUCGCAUGUAUCAGGUGAAUUUUGUGGCCCUGCAGAGAAAAAGGGACCCAGAACAGGUGCUGCUUCAGUGUGUUCCUAAACAAAAGGUGGACACUACAAUGAAGAAACUGAAGGACAGAUACAAAGGCCCAGAGCCCUCAGAUAUGGUGGAGAUAGUGGAGGGAGAACAAUUCUUUGCAGAAUUUGAACAAGGUCUCCAGCUACAUUCAGAACGUCCUGAUUGUGUGAAUGGCAAAAUUGUAUUUGUUUUUUACUCUCGUAUGAAAAACAUAAAGGAAGUAUAUAUGACAUCCCAAGCAGACCGGAAAGAGAAGGAUGUUAAAGGGCAGGUGUCAUUUUACCGUGGGUCAGUUCCAGCUGGUUUGCCGAAGGAAGCAACAAAGCACAGGAAGGGCCCAAAUUCCCACUGGAUGGCCACACUGCCUCUAAAACUUCCAAAACUAAAGCUACAGUAUGGGGAAAAUGAGAUGGGUAAAAAUGGCCAGUCUUUACCCCCUUUGAAUUUAGGCAAUGCUGAGACAGGCUAUCUUACUGAAACCAACCUGUCUAGCAUUGCAAGACGCAUCGGACAUGAGUGGAAGACUAUUGGCAGGAACCUGGGCCUAAGCACUGGGGAGCUGGAUCGAAUUAGCUACAAUAAAAGAGAUAAUCUGGACGAACAGAUUUUUGACAUGCUGUUCUCGUGGGCUAGAAAGAUCUAUGACCAGCAGGACUGUGUGCAGAGACUGAUAGAAGCCAUGCAAGAGAGUGGCAGACAGGACAUUGCAGAAGAGAUCGAGGCUGUGAUAAAGUUGGGAAAGCAGAAGUAUGAACAAUCCAUCCUCAGGCUUGGCCUAGACCAAGGGAACAGCAGUGAAGACUCUGCAAUUGCCAUGAGCCAGUCAUGAUGGCAGCUUAUUGACUUGUAUAUGGAUCAAAAAGUAUAACUUCCCUUAUCAAUAUAUUAUUAGGGCUCAGUCAAGUACAGAUAGGGCAAGUUGGAAAACUGCAUUUGCUGGGGACCACACCGGGCUGUACAUGCAGUCUACUGCACAACACUUCAGUAGUCAAAUCAGGCUAAAAUGUGCUAGGCUGACAGUUCGCUAAAUGAUUGACUCUUGCCUUGUAUACCUAGAUUUAGGUCUUUUUGAUAUUUUAUUCUGACAGAGGUCUUUCUGAUAUUCUACGCAUACGCAAUAUGAGCCUCAACCUUUAUGCUCAUAUUACAACUGAAUUUACGUUUCAUUUAAAGUUUCGGAAUACAGUAUAUGUACAUUUACACGUAACUAUAAUUGUGCGAUUUAGCAUCCCAUAACUAAGAAGUGCACUUAGAAGGCAGCAGGUAGGAACCAAUGGCAGCUACCAGAUUUGCAAAAAUACCUGACACAUGGGGCUUAGGAAAUCAACUUGUUGUUAAUGGGCAGUCUGCAAAGCAACAUAGUUUAAUAAAAGUGUUCUCUUGCUCUACAGGGCCUGAAAUAAUGGGCUAACCCAAUAAUGGCCCUGUCUGCUCCUUAUAGCCAGCUUCUUGUUUAUUGUUUCAUUUUUUUACUGGCAUUGGACUACUGAACAGAAUUAUGUCCACCCUUCUGUCUUAUUGAAAUGUAAUACUGACAUGCCAAAUUUGUACAGAGCUCUCACUACAAAAAAAGUUGAUUUACGUAGCACUGGUACAAACUGCCUACAAUUUUUCUGCUGUUGCCAAGCAUCACAGGUACAUUACUGUGACCAGCUCUCAGCUGACAGUAAUGGAUCCCAAGAGGAUUUAUGUAUGUUAUGCCUGGAAAAGUAGCCCUUUUGCAAUUAGCCCAUGGGCUUUGUCAUGUUUUAUCCAAGCUCUUCGAUUAUGCUAUAAAACAGUGUUCCAAAACCAGUGGCUCAGCAGCAACGUGUUGCUCAGCAACCACUUGGAUGUUGCUCCCAGUCACCUCAAAGCAGGUUCAUUUUUGAAUUCCAGUCUUGGCAAGUUUUUGUUACAUAAAAAAACAGGAGUUCUGUAGGCCUCCUGUAGGCUGCCAGUCCAUAUAGUGGCUACCAAAUAGGCAAUCACACCCCUUAUAUCCACAGGACAUUUUUCAUGCUUGUGCUGCUCCCCAACUUUUUUUAACAUUUUAAUGUGGCUCAUGGGUAGAAAAGGUUGAGGACCUCUGCCAAAAAAAACGUGUGGGCCAUUGCUUUUAAGUUACAAUGUGCUGUUUUAUACUAUUGUUUUAUUGUUACUUAUCCUUUAACGCUUGCAACCCCAGCUGCAAAGCUCUACACUCUAUAUAGGAGCAGAUUUAUCAAAAUGUGAGAUUACAGCUCUCCAUAGAAACACUCACCCAUGUUCUUUUCAAUCCUAUGCGAUCUUUAGAAUUGUAUUUAUCAAUGGAGUUCACCAUUUGAUAAAUAUGUUUUAAAAACCCCAUAGAAAGUGAGUGAGUUUUUCUGCUGAGUUCUAAAUUCACACUAUCUGCCCCUAAGUGAUUAUGGUAGUGAAUUUGAUACCUGAUAUACAGUAAAUACUGUAAAUUAGAUUGUAUGGCUGUUAAACCUAAAUUGACAACUUCCAUGUGUAGCCACUGACUGCUGGGAAGUACUCACACAUAUAGUGGGAAUUCUUCUUUCAUCUCUUUGUUACCUACAAUGUAUGAGCUUGUAAACCACAUUGCACACUGAGAGCUUGGUUGCUCACUGAGCAACCAACAACAAUGAGCCAGCUAUGACAUCAUUUGUGACAACCCAUGGAAUUGUAUUCGGCUUUCCUCCAAUCGCAAACCAUGCCUUUUAAUGUGGACAGUGCAAGAAAGGGAUAAAAUCCCAUUUUUGGGUGCUUUGCAUAAUGUUUUCUGGCACUGGGAAGUCACUCAUUAUGUCAUUAGCCUAAAAAGUUGUAUAUAUAGUGAAAAGUGUAUAAAUGUAUUAUAACCUCUAAAUAUUAUUAAAAAGAUAGACUGUAAGGUUGGUUUUCAACCAUGUUAGCAGCAGGACUGCUGGAAAUGAAAUAUGUAUGUUAUAUAGAAUAGCCCUCUUACUGCCACAUGCUGGCAUUAUCCAAAGAGCAAGAAAUUGAAUUUAACAUAAAUAAUACAAUCUGUCAAAUAAUCUGUAUCAUUGUAAUAAAAGCAUUGAUGGUUUUCAUGAUUGUUUUUUGUAAAUAUUUUGAUGGAAUUUAUAUUUCAAAACUUUUUGAAGAUAUGUUGAAGAACUCAAUGACUGUACUACCAUGUCUGCCAUUCCAAUAAACGCCUUUCUCUAGUGA